AUAACUAAAAGGUAUACUAGAAUAGAGCUGGAGAGCUGUAACAAAUGGAGAUUCCAAUCUUUACUGUUGAUGCCUUUACUAAAGUGCCUUUCAAAGGCAAUCCUGCUGCAGUUUGUCUCAUAGAAAAUGAGCUGCAAGAUGAUCUUUAUCAGAGCAUUGCUGCUGAGAUGAAUUUAUCAGAGACUGCUUUCGUCAUAAAAGGCAAUUCAAUGGAUUUUUCCACAGGUUCAAGGUUUGGAUUACGCUGGUUUACCCCCAAAAGUGAGAUUGCACUAUGUGGACAUGCAACACUGGCCUCUGCCGCAGUGCUCUUUUACCUUAAAAAAAACAUCAACCCUUUUGUGGUGUUUGAGACCAUGAGUGGGGAUCUUUAUGUGCGUCAACAUGAAGACUCAUUAAUAAUGGACUUCCCUUUAAACACACCACAGCCCCAGGACCAUAGUGAAUUCAGGGAUUUAUUAAAGGCUGUUGUAGGAGAUUUACCCACUGAGGAUGUUUGCUACAGUCCAAGCACAAAGAAACUAAUGAUUCGUCUGGCUGACACAUGCGACAGAUCUGAUCUUGUGUCUCUGAGGCCAGAGGCAGAUUCUCUUCUGAGAUCAGAGGCCACUGGCAAGAUAAAAAGUGUUGUUGUAACACUGAAAGGGGCUCAGAAAGCUCAGCCUGGAUAUGACUUCUACUCCCGCAACUUUGCGCCCUGGGUUGGAAUCCCUGAAGAUCCAGUCACUGGGUCUGCACAUACAGUUCUUGCUGGCUACUGGUCCGAGAAGCUGAAGAAAAAGAAAAUGUUGGCUUACCAGUGCUCCAGUCGAGGAGGUGAACUGAAGCUGGAGAUAAGAGAUGACGGCCGACUAGACAUCACUGGUGAAGCGCAGAUCAUUCUUCAGGGAACUCUUAAAAUCUAGACAAAUCUUAAACGACUGAUUGAUUAAAUUUGAGGAGACGCUUUCAGUGAAAUCUGCUGCAUUUAAUCUUCACUCUACAUUAACACACUCUAGGUUAUGUGACAUUUAAUAAAAUCUAAA